AUGAAGUCGAGUCUUCUUCUGAAGCUGCUGUUUCCUUCCCUGUUACCUACGGCAAGAAGCCUUUCCAUUGCUGCUCUCACACGAAUAUCAUUUUCGGAAGUACCCAUUGACGCAUCUGGCAACCCGCCCGAGGGUAGUUCCAUUGGGGAACGCGUCAAAUGGGGCGAAAACAUUUUGCAAGUACACGACUUGGCCACUCCAGACGAAUGCCAGUGGUUGAUCGAUGCUUGUCUCCAGGCUGCCAAGGAGGCGACUCCCACACGAGAACUGGACAAACCAGGAUUAGUACGACUGCCCACAAUUGCGGCGGCGCAAAGAGCAGCCGGGACCAAAACUCCCUGCGCGGAUCCGCUGCCUUCCAACGUCGAUGAACGAUUGCAAGAACUUUUGGAGCGUGCUACUCGGUACAUGGACGACCAACUGCCAUCGCUGACGAGCACUCUCUUUGGUUGCCAUGAUAACAACAAUGACAAUGACAAUAAUUCACUCACUCAGUUGCUCCUCCACAAUCAGCUCAAGUUUUCUUCUCGAGAACCUGCCAUUAACGUUUACACUAGUGGAGGAGAAUUCCUGGCGCACAAGGAUGCGCAAGCCUUGACGGUACUCCUACCAUUGUCGUGUCCCGACCGCGAUUUUGUGGGAGGUGGAACGGCCUUUUGGAGUCAAGAUGCCAGGGGACAUCGCGUGGAAGAUCCAACCUUGAUUGUCAAGGCACCCGCUGGCACAGCCUUGUUGUUUGGAGGGUGUGUCACUCACGCCGGUGUUGCUGUAGAGAGUGGUUCCCGAGUUGUCUUUGUGGCCAGUUUCAGUAGUAGCCAACAACAAAAUAUGGGACUGGAGCAGCAGCAACCACAACGGGAUAUAUAUGGGGACAGCAUGUAA